AAUAACAUAAGGAGCACUGAGUUUCUCGAGCCAUUUCUCGGAGUUUCCUGUGACAGGCUCGAGGCAAGGCUCGGUCAUAGUAAAUGCGGGGAGUAGUAAAGCUGCGACUAGAAGAGCGGAGUCGGUUUCAGAACUAGAGAGGAAGUUCUAGACACAGAGUUGUGUUUGCGUAUCCUUAUUAACCGUAGUUCGUUAGUUACCUGACAGCCACUGGUGAAGCUAGAUCACCAUUUUUAGUGAGAGGCUCUGGAUUAAAUAGUCAACACCGCGUUGAUUACGUCACAAGUGCCAGAUUCUGCUCGUCGCUCGCUGCAAUCGAGCAAUAAGCAAGUUAACUAUGAGUAAGACAUGCAGUAAAGAGCAGUUGCUAAGGACUCUAGAGGACCCAAUCCCUAGCGGCUUUCUCGAGUUAACCCUUCGCCACGUGUCGAAACAGGAUCCGCUGAACCUAACCCACGUCAUAGCAGGCUUCAACAGAAGCACCACUCCGCGACUGUGCUCCGCUCUCCUCCACCUUACGUCUCGCACAGUCGAAAAAAUCCUUCAACUCAUCUCAAUACAGGAUGCGAUUUCAUCUCAGCAGACUACCACGCCGAGCACUGCUAAUGCCUCUACUGCGGCCUCUGCUCAUGCGUCCGUCUCUGCUCCCCCACAAAACGCUCAGAACGCGAGCAAUGGCGGAAAAUCCGGAGAAUCCUCAGCAGCAGCAUCGAAAGCAGCACCAGCUACAGCCUCGGGAGUCUCCUCUCACGCCGAAUCGGCGGACGAAGCACGGGCCGUUCUCCAGGGGAUCAUCUUAAUAACGCGUCUUAUUCUAUCGGAUACAUUUGCGGGAUCAGGCAGCGCGGUUACCCCACCAGCGGACCUGCUGACCGUCUGUCAGUCCAUUCACAACGUUCUUCUCGCUCUCAGCGGUUUCGACCCGGCGUCACAGGAAGCGGCAGCUCGCGUGUUCGAAUCCUGGUGGCAGGCGGAUUUACGAGGCAAAGAAACCCUCGUUGCGCAGACGCUUCCAUAUCUCCUCGCGAGAUCGCUCGAGCUCUCUCGGCCAGUCGACGUGCGACGCGUGUACGCCAUGCGCGACGCGUUUUCGCUCCUCGAUUUCGACGACGCGGAGAGCAUCGACGGGAUUCGCGGGCUGCUACUCAGGUGUCUCUUCGCGCCGGUGUACUAUAAGACCACAGAGGGCCGGCGAUUCCUAUCCUUCUGUCUACUAUUAGACCUUCAGCUUCUAAAGGAAUCCAUUAUUAUUAUCAGGAAUCAGAUCCCUUCGGGAAAGAAGUCGCUCCUUGAAGCGUACGGCGAGGUCGUUUUCCGAGCCUGGCGAUCUGCCGAGCCUGGCCCGAGCCUGUUGGAAAUCGAGUACGGCUUUCUGCAGGGGCUGGUCGAAGCUGCAGUCUUCGCUCGGACGCCCGAGCUGGGGGCGGCUGUACGGCGGGUGGUGGGCGGCUUCUCCAAUCAGAAGCUGCAACGUGGCGUGGACGAGCUGAUCUUGCGCGUAUCGGAGCCGAUUAUCUUUCGAGGCUUACAGGCCGCCAAUCCCGCUGUUCGCCGCAACGCUCUUCUCCUAUUGGCCGAGCUCUUCCCCCUUCGCGACCCGUCUCUCGGGCGCGAGGCGAACGAGUCGCUCUUUAAUCGCCAGCUGUCGCUCCUCCUCCACCGCCUCUUAAUCGACCCCUGCCCCGCGGUUCGAGCCUCCGCAGCUGAGGUGGCAGGGCGGGUGCUCUGUAUCUUCUGGGAGGUUAUCCCGUCGGGCGUCGCCACGUCAGCGCUGACGCGGAUGGUUGACGAGCUGGCGGCUGACGUGGCCAGCCCUGCGGUGCGGGUGGCAGCAGUGCGGGCGGUGGGGCACCUGUUACGGGGUAACCCGGUGUGCCACCCGGUGCUGAGAGGGUUACUGCCAAGAUUAGCAGCGGGGCUAAGGGACAGGUCACGGGGAGUAAGAGCGGCUGUAGCUGAAGUGCUUGUGGCGGUGGCUAGCAGCAGCAUCAAGAUGUUCGAUGUAAUCACAUCAGGCAAGCUAAUAGAGGCUCUUGAAGAGCCCAACGACCCAAUAGUGUCGCGCCACGUCACCCGCGUCCUCCUGCCGACGUACCUGCCGGCCCACCUUCCGCCUGUCGCUGCUGCCGGCCGUUUCAUCACCCUCAUGCAGCGCUCCCUCCCUGCUGCUGCGGCUUUCGCCCGCUGCUGCUUCCAGGAAGGAGCGCAGUUGGCGGCUGUUACUGAAGCCGUAAGGGCGGUUGUUGACUUGCUGGGGGGUGCCAAGGGCGAGAGUGAGUGGAGUGAGGAGGAGGAGAAGGGACGGGAAGGACUGUACAUUGUGCUAAUGGGCCUUGUUCAGGGCGUAGUGGAUACGCGAGGAGGAGGAGGGGGGGAUGCAGAUUCAGUUGCAACGUCAGCUGUGGCGGAAAUUCUGGACGGCACUGUUCUGAGACAGUUGCUCUUUUCGGCACAUAGCGCAAGUCAACGGGCGGCGGUGCUGCAGAUUGCCGCCCUGCUACCGCCCGUAUCCGUGCAGGAGCUUGCUGAUGUGUGCAGGGAGACACUUCUGGGGGGAAAGCGCGCUGGUGGUUUGGAAGGGACCGGGGCUGAGUUUGCAGCAGGAGCAGGGAAGGGGGAACGGCAAGCAAGGGGUGCUUUGGGAGGAAGGAAAGGGUUGGAGGAGGGCGGAGGGUUGGGCGAGGUGGUGAGCUGGGUGGACGGGAGGAGGGCGGAGAGGAUGGAGGCGGAGGCGGUAGUGGCGCUCACCCGUGCGUGGGGGGGACUGGGGCAGCUUGUGGAGGCUCUCGAGGGGUCGCUCGCUGCUGCUGUGGAGGGGGAGAGGGAGAGGAGGGAUGCGGCGGCGGAGGAGACUAUUGCCCUUUCAGACGACGAGGAGGGGGAGGAGGAGAGGGAGGAGGCAAAGGAGGUGGAAGAGGUGCAGGAGAUAGUGGAUGAAGAGGUGGUACAAGUGGUGAAAGAGGAGGAGAUGGAAGAUGGGGGGGAGGAGGAGCAGCAGGUGAGGGAGGAGGAGCGUUCAGAGGGGAGCAGGCGCGUGACGAGGAGCAUGAGAGGGGCAAUGGGAGGUCGGGAUGGGUCAGCAGCAAGGGGCAGUGCGAGGAGGAAGGAGGAAGGGAGGAGGAGGCGAAAACGAGGGGCUGUUCUUGAUGACAGGGAGGCUUAUAACGAGGAUGCAGCAGCGGAGUGUGAUUCGGACGAAUCAGAGCUUGACAGCGAGGCAGCUCGUCCUGUGGCGUCUCCCUGUGUGGUGGCCCACCGCCUGGAGAUUCUCCUGGGCCAAUCAGAGGCGAGAGCCGAGCUGCUGCGCAUGCCAGGGGUGGUGGGGCGCCUGCUGGCCCUGCUGCGGACAGCUGUCGUCUUGCAAUUGGCCGGGAUGGGUGGUGGUGACGACGGUGUGAGGCAGGAGGAGGGUGCUGGUUGUGCUGCUGCUGCCUCUGAUGCUGAUGCUGCUGCUGCUGCUGCUGCUGCUGCUACUGGUGGUGGUGAUGCUGAUGCGUGGUUGGAGGGCGCACCCCUGCGCGUGUGUGUGAAGCUGGUGGUGUUCAUGUGGAGUGCACGGCAGCAGGAGGAGGAGGAGCUGGCACGAAGAGCCCAGAAGCAAGGGAGGGACGUGGAGGACAAGGGGUCAUCUAGCCUGUGUGAGCUGUCAGAUCUUCUUCUCGAGUUGAUCUCAGCCGUCCACGCCAAGCUGACCCUCAUCUCACAAGCAGGCCUAACUCCUGACAAAUCUGGGCCGUCCAAGCCAUGUGGAGGCAGCAUCUGGACCGUCUCUCCAGCCUUCCUGUCCAUUCUCGCAGCAGUCCUCGCCUCCUCCUACACAUCCCUCUUCCUCCCCAUGGGGAGAGGUAAAACCGAGGCUGAAAGUAAAAAGCCUGAAGCUCUGGUGUUUAGGUGUUGUUCUCUUGCGCUCGCCCUGCUGAGAGGGCUGGCUGUAAGUGUGAGGGAGGGAGGGGAGGGGACAGGAAGGGAGGGUGGACCUGUUGUUUGGAUGGCGUUGCUCUCAGCUGUUGCCUGUUGCAAGAGGAUUCUCACUGCUGCUGGCUCUGCUGUUGCUGUUGCUGCUGCUGCUGCUGGUGGCAGUAAUGGUGCUGCUGCUGCUGAUGGUGUGUCCACUGGUGCUGUGCAGUGGGGGGGGAUGAGGGAGGAAAUUCAGGCGUUGCAGAAAGGGGUGGAUGCUGCCAGUGCCUUGCUAAAGGGUGGAUUGCACGGGUGUGAACACGAGGGGGGACUGGAGGAUGGGGAACACAGGAAUGGGAGGGAUAGUGGGACGCGGAAUGGGGGUAGAGAUCAAGAUGGCGAGGCAGGAUUGGAGGAAGGGGAGGUGAACAAUGAAGGGGAAGGGGAAGGGGGAAGGAUUGAUGUUGAGGAGGUAAGGGGUUUGGAGGAGGUUGCAGAGCAUGGGUUGGAUGGAGGGCAUGAGGGAGAGGAUGGAGGGGGAGGACAGAUGAAAGGGAGAAGAGGUGAUGAGGGAAGAGCAGGACAGGUGCAAAGAAGCCAAGGGAGAAUUGAUCCGGUAUUAUGGAAGAUUGCCCGCAAGGUGCUGGCUGAGACCUGAGGUCAAUGCAUACGUGGACAUGGGAAGCACUUGGGCCAACAACCUUGGAGAAUUGCCCAUGGUGAAGUAAAAUUGGGUUAUGUGUCAAUUGUAUAUUUACCUUCUUGAGAGAUUCGUUACCAGCUGCCUGCGACGUCGGUUUUUUUUCCCUACUCUGAUAAUUCUACGCUGUUUUGUUUUCCCACCCGAAGCA